GCUGAAGGGAGCUGUAGCUUCGGCGCCGAGGCCGGAGCGUCUGCGUGUGUGAGGGCCGCGUUUGUGCCGGCUGCUGCUGGAGCUGGAGCGUUCCCGGGCUGGUGGCUCCUGCACAUUCUUAUAGUCCAGUCCUGUUUCGGUUGGUUACAAUGAUGACUUUGCACAGUCUGUGAACAUAUAAUAUGCAGUGCUGCACAAGUGGAGGUUUUGCCACAAGUUGUAUGAGGAACUUGAUAGAAGUCAUGUGUGAAGGCAUCUUGACUUUCACACCCUUGCUAAGGACUGUCCAGAGUGUUCCUGGUGGCUGGCUGGGAACUGUCUGAACCAAAAAGUCUUCUGUGUGGCCUGCUUUCUUUCUGACUUAAGAAGAAAAUACCUGUAUGUACAUUCUCCUAUCUAAAAAUUUUGGAUUUAGAAGAUUCAAGUCAGUACAAAAGAUUAAACUCUACAGAAGAAUGCAAUCAAGUGAUGGCUUUUUCUUUAGAAUUUGAAUAUGGAGGCCACAGGAACAGAUGAAGUUGACAAGCUAAAAACUAAAUUUAUAUCUGCUUGGAACAACAUGAAAUAUAGUUGGGUGUUGAAAACAAAGACAUAUUUUAGUAGAAAUUCCCCUGUAUUAUUGCUUGGAAAAUGUUACCAUUUUAAAUAUGAAGAUGAAAAUAAAAUGUUACCUGCAAGAUCAGGAUGUACAAUAGAAGAUCACAUAAUUGCAGGAAAUGUAGAAGAAUUUCGUAAAGAUUUCAUUUCUAGAAUAUGGCUGACCUACAGAGAAGAAUUUCCUCAAAUAGAAGGCUCAGCUUUAACAACAGACUGUGGUUGGGGCUGUACAUUGAGAACUGGCCAGAUGCUGUUGGCUCAAGGACUCAUACUACAUUUUCUUGGUAGAGCUUGGACCUGGCCUGAUGCUUUGAAUAUUGAAAAUUCAGACUCUGAAUCAUGGACUUCCCACACUGUAAAAAAAUUUACUGCAUCAUUUGAAGCAUCGCUUUCAGGGGAAAGAGAACUCAAAACCCCAACAAUUUCUCUGAAGGAAACAAUCAGGAAAUACUCUGAUGAUCAUGAAAUACGAAAUGAAAUUUAUCACAGGAAAAUCAUCUCUUGGUUUGGUGAUUCCCCUUUGGCUUUCUUUGGCUUACACCAACUGAUAGAAUAUGGAAAGAAAUCUGGGAAAAAAGCUGGAGAUUGGUAUGGACCAGCUGUGGUUGCUCACAUUUUAAGAAAAGCAGUUGAAGAAGCAAGACAUCCUGAUUUACAAGGAAUAACUAUUUAUGUUGCACAAGAUUGUACAGUUUACAAUUCUGAUGUAAUUGAUAAACAGAGCGCUUCUAUGACUUCUGAUAAUGCAGAUGACAAAGCUGUUAUUAUUCUAGUUCCUGUUAGACUUGGUGGAGAAAGAACCAACACUGACUACUUAGAGUUUGUAAAGGGUAUUUUAAGCCUUGAAUAUUGUGUGGGUAUUAUUGGUGGCAAACCUAAACAGUCAUAUUACUUUGCUGGAUUUCAAGAUGACAGUUUGAUUUACAUGGAUCCUCAUUACUGCCAAUCUUUUGUAGAUGUCAGCAUAAAGGAUUUCCCUCUUGAGACAUUCCACUGCCCUUCUCCCAAAAAGAUGUCGUUUCAAAAAAUGGAUCCUAGCUGCACAAUAGGAUUUUACUGUCGAAAUGUUCAAGACUUCAAACGAGCAUCUGAAGAAAUCACUAAGAUGCUGAAAAUUUCUUCUAAGGAGAAAUAUCCCUUAUUUACUUUUGUAAAUGGUCAUUCCAGAGACUAUGAUUUUACAUCUACUACAACCAAUGAAGAAGACCUUUUCUCAGAGGAUGAAAAGAAAAGACUAAAAAGAUUUAGCACUGAAGAGUUUGUCUUGCUUUAAAGAUUAGCACCUUUGUGCUUGAUGAGAAGAACUUUGAAAGGGGAAAAAUGAAGAGAAAUGAGAAACAAGUAUACUUGAAACUGGUUAUUCUCACAAAUAUUUUACAUGUUCUUUUAAAAAAGAACAUUUGAAAAUAUACAAGUUUAAAAUAUUUUUCUAAAAGAGAAAUGAUUUAAUGAAUCUUGCUUUCUAAUAAAUAUUGAGUGAUUCUGA